AUGGAAUCACACGCCGAGGGAUCAAGGACAAGCCCAUUGCUUGACGAGGAGGUACCGCUUUCUUUAGAUGAGUACGUGAGAUACGGAAGGCAGAUGAUCAUGCCUGGAUUUGGACUUCCAGCUCAACUAAAGCUGAAAAACGCCAAAGUAGCUAUAGUAGGUGCAGGUGGAUUAGGUUGUCCAACUCUACAAUAUCUCGCUGGAGCAGGUGUAGGAACUAUUGGGAUAUUCGAUCAUGAUACAGUCAGUUUAAGUAAUUUACACCGACAGAUAUUACAUACGACAGAAAGAGUAGGAAUGAAUAAAGCUGAAUCCGCUAGUAUGGCAUUAAAAUCAUUAAAUCCUGAAAUCAACCUCUUACCCCAUGGUGUACCUAUAACACCUUCUACGGCACUAUCGUUGUUGAAAGGAUAUUCAAUCUUAGUAGAUUGUACAGAUCGACCUUUAACUCGAUAUCUGCUGUCCGACGUAUCUGUCAGAUUGGAUAUCCCUUUAGUCUCAGGUGCUGCUAUUUCUUCAGCUGGACAAUGGGCCGUAUAUGGUGGUAAACCGCUUCAAUCGGGAAAGAAAAGAGCUUGUUAUAGAUGUAUUUGGCCAAGUAUUAUACCUGGUUCAGCGGGAAAAUGCGAAGAAGAAGGUGUAUGGAGUGUAGUUACUGGCUUAGUAGGUACUGGGAUGGCUUCGGAAGUCAUCAAACUUAUAAUAGGUAAAGAAGAUCCAGAACCAUUACUUCAUUUACAUCACUUAUGUUCGAAUCCAUUGAUAAGAACUAUAAGAAUGAAAGGACCUUCGGCGAAGUGUAUAGCUUGUGGACCUUCUGCUAGCAUAACGGACGAUCUUGAUGUAUAUGGAUAUGAAUCAUUCUGCGCAGGAGCAGCGGGUCCUGAAGUGGAUGAAAUGACCGGAAUGAAAGAUGGUAUCCAAGGUGAAAGGAUAGAUGUCAAGGAACUUUCCAUAUUAAUGGAAGCAAAUUCGAAUAUCUCUCUAAUAGAUACAAGACCUCCAAUUGAGUUCGGUAUCUGCUCAUUACCAAAAUCAACGAAUAUCCCUCUACCGACCAUUCUGGAAGAUCCAUCUGUACUACCUCCGUCAGAAGAAGUCAUCUUCCUCUGCAGGAGAGGAAACGAUUCUCAGAUAGCCGCAGAUGCGUUGCGACGAACGACAAACACGACGGGGCAAAAUAUCAGGAUAAGGGAUGUCAAAGGUGGUCUGAGAGCUUGGAGUAAAGUUGUCGAUCCAAUGUUCCCUGUUUAUUGA